GUGCGACAGCAGUCGAGGGAGGGCGCAGGGACCAAGGACAGAGGAGAUAGGACAGUGGAGAUUGAGGUUGGUGUGGAGGAAAGCUUGAGGCUGACAACAGCAAGUGUGGAGGAGGAAUACUGGACCGAAGUUGUUUAUCGGGUUCUCCGCCACCUUUGUCUCUCAGACGCGUCGUUUGCCUCACAUACCCUGCGUCGUUCAGCGGCAGUUGGCAUCUCGUCUGCUGCCAUCACACACGCGGGCGGCCCUGUGUUCGACGCUGCUGGGCGAACAACUCAGAAUGUCUGUGGAGAAUGACAUGCGCGCCGAACAACACGAGAUUACAAAUCCGGUUGAAGAGUGCAAAAAGUGGCAAAAAAAGUACUAUCGGUGCGUCAAGAAGUUCGGGCGUGGGUACAUGCGGGGAGAGGCGAGGUCGGAGGAAAGAGACGACUGCCUGGAACGCUUCGACGACUUCCAGAAGUGUGUCCUGGAUGCCGCACGAAAAAUGCAGGAGCAGCGCAGCGCGCGUAAGGGCUGGUGGUGACAAGCUGGGGAGGAUGGACGUUGGCGGAGAAGCUGUUGCGGUGACGCGCGGAAACAUGCUGUAGAGUUACAAAUUGAAUAUGAAGCACACAGCAGUUUAGGAUUCGGCCGGGGGAACCGGGGUUGGGUGGGGCACCGACGUUUUUUAGGACCCAGACAUGUCCGCUACCGUUGCCGCUGCGAUUGGAGAAUGUUGGCUUUUGGGGUAUAUAUACGGCCAAGACAUGGAGGAGAUAUUACGCACGGGUACGUCUCCUUCGGGCGCUCCUCGGUCAGUCGGAUGUAGCGGGCGAUGGGGUUGCCCUGAUUCAGUUGAAACGCGUGCUCGCACUGCACGUGGGGCGAGGGAGGAGACACGGUGCUCUUUUUGAUGCUUGUUGGCGCGGCGUCAGGAGAACGCGUUUGCGGGGAGGUGAGGGGUUUGGGGUUGAGGAAUAGGCUGUUGACGGAAAUACGCCUCUGCUUGGGUGUGGCGGAGCAAGCCCACUUGGGCUAUUUACGUCAGUGUUGUUGUUAGCGUCGGUGGCGCGUGAGAAAGUUGGUGGGUGUUGUAUGGCUGGCUUUGUGCCGAUUUGAAUUGUUUGAAGAGUUUCACCUCUCACAUUAGCAGGUUGUCUAGGUACCAAUUUUACCUCGUGUUUUCAGCUUUACUCGUUUGGUGCCACUGUGGCAACCCUCUGUCAUGCCCUCCGUGUUUAUGUAAAUGUAAAGUAACUAUUAUUGUAUUGUGGUGCUGAUUUCCUGUUGCUGGGUUUGGUGCAAAGGAGUGUACUGAUAUAAUUGAAGUCACAACUCUGUUCCAGUUAGUGUGCCUGCCUGUCCAGCGCUGGAUUGGCCGAGCUGCUUGUUUUCGCGCCGCCGGCGGCUAUGCGCUGGGGCGGGGCGGUCGCGGGAUGUAAGCGGGGGUUUACCUUUGGAGGGCUGCGCGCAUGGGCGUAGUCUACAAACCCAUAUGCGCUGAUAGUUGUUCAAGAGCCUCGCUGCUUCUUCCGUGGCUGUUGCAUCGCUGUUUGUUGCUCGACGUUUACAAGUAAGGAUUAUUCACCAUGUUUCCACCUAGCGAUCAGCAUCUAGUCUGGUUUGCAAGACAAGACUUGUGUUCUUCUCUGCGGCAGUGAACUUCGGCAACGAAUGCUCCCCAUUUUCAGGUCCCCGCACCGCGUGGUCUAGUGG